UGGCAGCUCAAGAGUAGUGACAUGUAGAACACGGACCACGACCAAUUGCAAAGUCGUGCGUGCUUGUGAUGAUGACUAAUUAGUCACUCUACCUCUCUAGACAUUUUGUUUCGAGGCUAAAAGUAACCCCUUCUCGGAUAGUUGUUUUAAGUUAUAGCCUAGCUUGUUAUCGGGUUUGUGAGAACAGACCUCCGGUCAUGUGUUCUUCAACAAGUCGCUUAAAAAGCUCGGUUCUCUAUCGUGGAUCAAGCUGUUUUUAAAUGAGAAUUACGAAUAGUCUUCAGCUUGUUGACCUCUCGCCUCUGAAGAGCGAGCCGUGCCAAAGAUCAUGCCUGAGCCAGCGAAGAUGAGAAAACCCGACGUGAAAGUCGUGAUAUUGGGUGACAUGAACGUUGGAAAAACUUCGCUGCUUCAUCGGUACACAGAGAGAAAAUUUAAAGACACUAUCAGCACCGUUGGUGGAGCCUUCUUCUUGAAACAAUGGGGACCUUACAACAUCUCUAUCUGGGAUACCGCUGGCCGAGAGCAGUUCCACGGCCUGGGCUCCAUGUACUGCCGUGGCGCCGCGGCGGUCAUCCUCACGUACGACGUCACCAACUGGCAGAGCCUGGCCGAGCUGGAGGACCGCUUCCUGUCCCUCACCGACACGGCCAACGCCGACUGCAUCUUCGCCAUCGUGGGCAACAAGGCCGACCUGACGGAGUCUGGCGCCCCCGUUGCCGGGCCCGAGGACGGCCAGGGACAGCAGGAGGGUGCGGGGACUGAACACCAGCCUGACGGAGGUGGAGGUGGGGUUGGCGUUGGCAGCGGAAGUGUGUCCCUGGUCCCGAAGCAGGUGAGCCAGGAGGACGCGUUGGCGCUGUAUGCCCGCGUGCUCCGCUACAAGGGUCUGGAGGGCGAGACGUGCCCGCCCGCCGAGCGCCUGUGCUUCGAGACCAGCGCCAAGACGGGCUACCAGGUGGACGAGCUCUUCGAGACCAUCUUCGACAUGGUGCUGCCCUCUAUCCUGAAGAAGAGGAGCCAGGGCGAGCCGUCCACCGUGGACCUGGAGGACUGCCGGGUCGCCAAGACCACCAAGGGCGGCUGCUGCGCGUGAUUGGAUGGGGGAGGGAUGGUCGGAUGGUCCUGCAGGGUCAGGUGACCUCUUCGGUCCCCUAUGAGAGAAAGCUGUUUGGCGCACUAUUGAGAGGGUUGUUGAAGCUGCCAAUUCGCUCAGUCCAAAGACCAGUUUGUUUUGGGGGACGCUGAUAAUCUGUGCAUGUCUGAGUCGAUGAAAGGACUGAGGACUAUGGUUUGAGGUGGCCCCCCCUCCUUUGGAAACUAAACUGGCCUACACCCUCCCGUUUCAUGCGGAUUCGUAUUCAAAGGCUAUUCAAACAAUCAACAGGACAAGUUGAAAACUCCAAACAAAAGUCUGCGUGACUAGCAGACAUAGAGUCAAAAGUGCACAUUUGUGAGGUUGAUUUUUUUGCCUUAAAGACAGUACUGUGUGUGUGUGUGUGUGUGUGUGUGUGUGUGUAUGGGGAGCAGCAUUUAGUGACAUACUGCGAAUCAGUCACUGAAAUACUUUUCUUGUUGAAUGUUAACGGACUGAGGGGCAGUUGCUAAAAGCACUUAAAGGGCAGAUGUGGAAAUCUUUACCCCUUCGUCUGCAAUGACACUGAACAUGCUUUCCGUUUGCAAGGAAGCUUUUUUUGUAAAAUAAAUAAUAAAAAAUACACAAUCAGUGUUAAGUGAUUAUGCUUGAAUAAAACAAAAUCAUGUUUUAUCAAUUCAUGUAAGGCAUCACAGGAAAUUGCAUAUAUAAGAUUAUUUUUUCUAAGUAUGUGUGUAUACAAAUAAAUAUUUCACUGUUUCUAUCA